GACUUUGCCGGGGUUCUCCCUCCGAUCUCCUCCACUUCCCAUCCACCUGAGCCACCUCCAUCCAUCUCCUCCUCCUCCUUCUUCGUCUCAUCCUCAGCCGGUACCAUACUCUAUCCCCACACUCCACUAUUCUACCCUCCCUACCCUCCCUACCCUCCGCUCUUCUCCGCCUCCUUUCUAAAACACCCCUCCCGAUUGAUCCCACAGGUUCAGGAUCAUUAUCUUAGUGUCUUACCCGCAACUCCUCCAAACUAUACGUACUUCAUAUCCCGUACGCACGCUAUCCAGCAUACAACCAUACAAACAUACAACAAAACCCCCCGGCAUCGCACUCUUCAACAACAACAAGGACAAGGACAAGGACAUACCCUCGCUCAUAUUGUCCUCUUCUCAUCAAUUUAUCCUCCUUCAUCCCCACAAAACAAACAUCUCGAUUCUAUUGAGCCGAACUUUCCCGCCUCAUAUUGCCCGAAACCGAAAACAGAGAGCAUCAUCUUCUGUAGCAACCUCGAUUCGCUCUUACUUCUAUUUCUACUUCAGGUUUCUGACCUCGAGGGUCGUGCCUUGGUGACUGUAACGACGGCCACCAUACUUCCCUCCUCCGCCGCUUUGCGUCUUCUCACGACGACCGCAACCUGUGUCUUCGACACCCACCCCUCCAGGAUCGUGAAGGUUGGCGCCCAUGCUCGCCGUCCAACGCCCCAUGUCGAAGCUGCCGCACCACAUGCUAUUUGGCUACUCCGUCGAUUCCUCAAACUCCUUAUACCGCUUACCCUCCCCCCCGCCUCUUGCGCCGGGUCCGUCAUUACUCGAUGACACCGACACGCGCUUCCUCGACAGCUUCUUCGACGGAGUGAGCUCCGACCAGUACCUCAUCAACGACCCGAACGAUGCGUGGAACUAUGACUGGCAAGACCUCCCCCCCGACUUCCUCGGGACCACCUCCUCAUUCGGGCCCCAAAUGGAACCCGUCACGAACGACGUCCAGCACCUCACCUUCCCCGAAUUCAGAAACAGUCUUGGAUUCCUCCCCGAACAAUUAAGUCCAUCAGAAGAUAUGAUAUCUGCACUACGAAACGGCAAUAAUAACCACAACAACCACCAAAACAACAACCACCAACCCCCCCACCAAAACACCCACCUAAACGGCCACCACAGCAACGCCUUCAUGGCCCCCGCCUCGCGCACCGAACACAUGAGCCCCCCCUUCAACACCCACGGCAACGGCAUGAUAAAACCCGAGCAGCAGCAGCAGCAAGCCCCCGCCCCAACCCAGCGCAAAAUGUCCAACCGCCCCGAAGACUACAUCCGCCACGCCUCCAUGAGCGAAGCCAUGUACGCUCCCGCCCCCACCUCCUACGCCCCCCACGCCCUCAACAAGAAGAAAGUCGAGAUCAAAUGGGGUUCCGACUCCGGCUUCAACACCGGGCGCCGCUUCGUCGCGCCCCCAAACACGAUUACACUUGAUGAGAUCGACGAGAACAUCAUUAGUACACUAGAGUGCCUGCAACCGGGGAGUAAUGUCAGCACCCGCGCCUCCAGCCCGACGGGCUCGCGGAUCCCGCAGGCGGGUGAGAGGAGGCUGGAGAUGAUUUCCGAGGGUGCCCCGCGCGACGACGUUAAUGAGGACGGGAGCGAGAGGCCGAAGAAGCGGAAGAAGAAUAAGGGCAAAGAAGGCGUUUACGAAUCCGACGCCCUCGAGCUGGCACAAUCGCAAUCGCAAUCACAAACACCCAACACCAAGAUCCCGCGCAAGCGCCGCCCGAAAUCCUUCGGCACCCCCACCGGCAGCGACACACCUAACCGCGCCUCCCCCCCCCUCCACAAGCGACUAAAACCCACCACUGGAGGGGCGUCGUUGGCGACGCCUAAGAUGGCGAGGGAGAAUCUGACGGAGGAUCAGAAGAGGGAGAAUCAUAUUAAGAGUGAGCAGAAGAGGAGGACGCUGAUUAAGGAGGGGUUUGAGGAUUUGAAUGAGUUGGUGCCCGAAUUGAGGGGGGGAGGGUUUAGUAAGAGUGCUGUGUUGAUUAUGGCUGCGGAUUGGCUUGAGGAGCUGGUGAGGAGGAAUGAGGGGUUGAGGGGGAUGGUGGCGGAGUUGGAGGCGAGGGGGGGAAUGUGAGGUGUUGAUGAAAAACAGGGUGCGAGGGCUUUGUUUUUGGGAGGAUUGAAUGGGGGAAUUUUCGGGAUUGGCG